AUGGGGAUGCUGGGAGGGCAGGCUGCCGGGGCGCCAGGCAGAGGCCCCCCCCCCAAGCACGAGCCGGGGGCCGCCCGCCCUUGGGGCCGCGUGCGGGGUCCCCGCGGGAGCUGCCCCGGGCUGCGGGGACCGGCCUCGGUCACCCUGGGGUCUGGGGGAUCUGGCCACAGCAGGGCCCCCCCAGCUGGAUCCCAGUUCUUAUCCCAGUCCUGGGUGCCGGGUCCAGUCCCAGUCCUGGUGCUGCCCUGGUCCCAGUUCCAGUCCCAGUUCCAAUCCCAGUCUGCUGCUGGGUGCCAGGUCCAGUCCCAGUCCCGUCCAGUCCCAAUCCCAGUCCCAGCUGCAGUCCCAGUCUGAGUCCCAGUCCUGAUGCUGAGCCCAGUUCCCACUCCAGUCCCAGUCCAGCCCCAAACCAGCCCCAGCUCAGUGCCAGCCCAGUCCCAGUCCAAUCUUAUCCCAGUACCAGUCCCAGUCCAAGCCCAGUCCAGUCCCAGUUCAGUCCCUGCCCAAAGUCCCAGUCUCAGUUCGACUCCAAUGCCAUCCCAGUCUCCAUUCCAGUCCCACUCCAAUCCCAGUCCCAGUCCUCAUUCCAGUCCCAGUUCCAGUUCCAGUCCCAGUCCCAGUCCCAUUCCAAUCCCAGUCCUUGUUCCAGUCCAAUCCAAGUCCCAGUUCCAGUCCCAGUCCCACUCCAAUCCUAGUCCCAAACCCAGUCCCCAGUCCCAGUCCAGUCCCUGGCCCCAGUCCCAGUCCCUGUCUCAGUCCAGUCCUGUCACAGCCCAGAACCAGUGA